AUGAACAAAUGCAUCUUUGUCGAUAACGCCUGCGAUCUGUCUAUUCGCGACAUACCAGAAUCCUACCAUCCUAAAGAUGGCCAAGCCCUAGUCAAAGUCGAGUACUCAGGCAUCAACCCAGCUGACCUCAACCAUCCUAAGAGCCUGGGCAUGAAGAACAACGUAUGCGGCUAUGAAAUCUGCGGUACCGUCAUUGAAGCAGGAAGGACUAGUCGAUACGCAGUCGGGGACGUCGUCUUUGGCUCCAACCAUCCCGGACGUUCAAAGCCAGGAUACCAUGGGGGACAUCAAGAUUUUAUGAUAGUAGAGUCAAACCUGAUGUCAGUCAAAUUGCCUGCUCAGCUCCCGCGGACAGAUGCCGCUGCUCUCAGUAUCAUGGUGCGCUCAGCUGCAGAUGCGUUGCUCAAUCACUUCGAGAUUCCUUUCUCUGCUAUAGGUGUUUACGGACCACCACCUAAUGGCGCCUUGUUGGUUUGGGGCGGUGCGAGUAGCGUCGGCUGCGCAGCAAUACAGCUCGCAAAGGCCAUGGGAGUGAAAUGGAUAUUCACGACUGCUUCGCCUGCCAACUACGAGGCACUCCUUGAGCUCGGCGCGACAACGUGUUUCAACUAUCGAGAUCCAAAUAUCGUUGAUGCAGUUAGAGCUGCAUGUGACGAGACCGGCGUCCCCAUACGAUAUGUCCUGGACACUGUAUGCAAGAUAGGCAGUCCUGGUACCAUUGAGCAGUGUGAGGCGAUUGCCACUGGGCCGGAUGUCACAUUCGUCAGUACCCUUCCCCAAUUCAGCAAGCCGCCACGGUGGAGAAUGAUCUUAGCUUCGAGGGAAAUCGACAAUCCUGUCCCUUUCGAGUUUCCUGGGGACAAUAAAGCAAAUCCUCUAUGGGAGGCUCGACUAGAGAGGGCGGUUGUUUGGGCUGCCAAGAACUACGGGUCAAAAUUUCGUAUCCCCAAUAUUAAGAUUGUGGAGGGGGCUGAGAAGGGAAUACAGGCUAUUAAGGAUGUGAAUGAAGGAAAGGUCAGCUUGACUAAAGUUGUCAUCAAGCACCCGCUUUAG